AUGGCUGAAUGUGUGGACGGAAUUGAAGGUUUAUCGCCAAAUUUCCACUACUUUGUGUCCGCUGGCCUCGGCGUUAUCGCUAUUUCGGCUGCCUGCAUCGCUUACAGUAUUCAGGAAGUGAAACGGAAGAAGGUGAGGACUAAAUUUACUAAUUUCUUUGUUUUUGGACCUAAAGUAAUAUAAAAUUUUUGUAAAAAAUGUCCAAAAUGCUCAUUACUUUUGCUGCGGAGUUCGACGAUUGGCGAAACCGAAAAGUACAGUGUGGGCCACUCGAAUUGGAAAAUGUUCGCGCCUUUGGCUAAAUAAAAGUCUUAUAAGCAACAGAAAAAAAUGAUGGUAGUCAACGGAAUAGUCAAAAUUAUUCUUCAAGGCGUUGCUUUCGUGAUCGGGGGCGACAGGCUUAAUUAUUCGAAAUUUUUCAAAAUGUUAAAAAAUGGACGAAGCUGUCUACAUGCAUGAUGACAUCCACCCCGAAGAUGCAUAGAAACUUUCCAGGCUUAGAUUGCACAGGAAAACAGCUUUCGUUCUCAUUCGCCCAAAUUGGUACCUCGCCUGGCUGAAAUAUGGGUUUAACACACUUGGUACGGACGUAAACUUUAAUGUUUUAGAAAUUUUUCCGCGAAUUUGUCGACUUUUUUCUUGCCGGUAAUCCAAAAAUUUUCUAAGUCCGAGAAACUCAGUUGAAAAUCAUUCCAAAAAAUUUCUAAGUUUCACCGAUUUCGGGCUCCAAAAUUUGGAAUGAAAAUGUAAAAGGUCAGUACGGGUGCCUCCGUGAAGUUAGACGGGCCAUAUUUGGUGUACAAGAAAUGGGGUGUCUCAGCUUCAAUUUGAUAUAAAUUUUAUAGAAAUUGGUGCAUUAUUGGCGGAGAAAUACCUGAAAAGAUGUUGGGAGGAGUUUCGAGUGGCCCACCCUGUAUUAUUUUUCUUCGAUGCAAAUGUCGAAAUUAGGGUAAUCGGGGUUGCUGAUUUCGAAAAUGACAUUAAUUUUUUUUUGAUUAUCACUUUUUUCCUUAAGCAGUACUGUAAAGUAGUAAUUUUUAUAAUUUUUUUUUAUGAAUAUUCGAUUUAGGGGUUUUCGAUGGUGCUGAUUUCGAAAAUGACAUUCAUUUUUUGAUUUGAAAGCAGCACCACCAAAAACUCCAAAUCGAGUAUUCAUGAAAAAAAAUUAAAAGAAUUACUACUUUACAGUACUACUUAAGGAAAAAAGUAAUAACCAAAAAACGAAUGUCAUUUUCGAAAUAAGCAACCUCGAUUAUCCUAAUUUCGACAUUUGCAUCGAGAAAAAACAAUACUUUUCGGUUUCCCCAAUCGUCCCAGUUCCCUUUUGUUGGCCUAACUAAAUAGUAGACAUUCUUCAAGCUCUGAAUUUUGCAUUUCAGACCUUCUACGGCGUUGAGGACAAGCAGGAAGUCGAGGAGAUCGAGAAAGAACGCCGGAAGAGCAUCAAGGAAAGAACCACCGAGAUGAAGAUUGUCCGUUCCAAAGAAGCCAUCGACAACAACGAAGGUGUAAGAGUCCUGGUGAAGGCCAAAAAACGCUCGCAGCAAUCGCUUAUUCGGGAGUAAGUUUUGCGAUAGAAGCGACAACCUCUAAUGCCUAGUAUAAUAUAAUUUUUUCUUCAGCUACACUCCCGAUUGGGCUGCCACUCCUUUGAUCCACUCAUACAUGCGCCGAUCCUCUCCUAUGUCGUUCGCCAAGUCCAACGCCGCAAAUAUCGGCGGAUUUUCGCGUGAGAUUGGAGUCCAAAGCAGAAUCAGAUCUUCGGAGAACCUGAAACUUGCUCCCUCUCGAUCCCGUGGACAAAUUUCAGGUGGAACGAAACCUCAAUCAAGAGAUAGGAUCGCCGCCUCAAGAGAAAGGCCGAAUUCAAACGAACGGCACUCUAUGAAGACCAAGCCAAUUUUGUCUAUUUCUACUACUCAGGCCAAAAGUGAAGAUAAAGAUACUUGA